GAGCGAGAGGCAGCAGUGCGACCCCCACGCUGCCACCGCAGGCACCUCGAGGUCGCUGAGGUCGCUGUCCUACUACAACAGCAGCAGCACCACGUCGUCCCUGGACGGCCACGGUGUCAAUUCCAAGACAGGUGAAGUCGACUCCCCCGACUCCAUCGCCGUCGGCGCCAACUCACGCGGCCUGGACAUGGAGGCCGGGGAGUGUUCCCCCGCGCCGGUCGUCAGCCCGCUCGGCGCGCGAGGCACCGACGACAGGCUCGCGCACAUGCGACACGGCGCCGAAUUCGAGGCGACCGGCUUGAACGAUGAGCCCAAAUGCCGAGGGUCAUGGUGGUCCGACACGUCGACCGCCUCCGACCUCUACAGUGCCCGUGGGGGCCGCCGCAGCAGCAGAUCCUCCAGGGGCAGCGACGACCAGCCCUUACCCGACUCCAUCGUGUGA